ACAUAAUCUAUGUAUUCACCGUUAUAUUAUUAUAUUACUUGCAAUAUACUAAAACAGUGUGUUUAACGAGUUUCGAAAAUUAAAGGGCACUUGAGCCAAUCCGUUUGGCACAAAGCCUAUAAGCUAAAAAUGCUGCAGUAAAUUUCUGGCAUUUUUACAAGUUGGUGCUUCUUGUGCCUGCAAAAUACUGUUCUAUCUAACGUUGUGUUCUGAAAGAAGAUAACUUUAUUGGCAAAAGAAAAUGUAACUUGACAUUUAGUUCUUCCUGCAGCCCUAAAAUUGACAUUUGGAUUUAGCAAAAUAUUUACAUGUUUCGUAAAAGCAAGUCUUUGCAUAAUGGUUAUGUCUGUAGUAUAAAGCUUGAACUUAUAAUGUAUGGUGUUAGUCAAUUGAACUUAGCCACAAAAAAAUGUGUGCCUAUUUAGCAUAAGAGUCUACUUAGUUACCAAAGAUAUAGUGGCAAUGCAAUUUUGCAUUGUAAGAAUUUACAACGCCAUACAUCGAAAUGUCUCCGCGAUACCCAGUGCCAUCUUUGUACAUGUCAUCUCUUGGCGUUAUGGUCAAUAGUAUUGUCACUGCAAUCACACUGAUUCAUGCUGAAGGUAAUUUAGACGACUGGGACACCUAUGAAGUGUAUGAGGAGGAACUGCAGUCAGUUGCCAACUAUGUCACAUCUGUACCAUCUAACAUAUCCCAAGAAAUUAUGCAAUCAGUUCUUAACAGUGAAGAACUAGAUGCUGCUAUCAGAUUUUGUGCCUUAAAACUUUUGUUCCAUGGCCAUGUCAAAUCUCUAAUUGUAGGAGCUUUUCCUCAAGAAUACUACAUGAGAAUAUUGGACAUAGUCAGUGAUCAUGGAGCGGAACUGCAGAUUUUGGAUUUGAAAGGAGUCUGGGUGAAAGGAGAUGAGGCUCAAAUAUUACAGUAUACACUGGAGAAGUUACCAAACCUGAGAGAACUGUACAUACCUCACAUUGCAAGUGAUGGUAUUCUGGCAACACUUGGGCGAGAUCAUGAUUCGCUUUUAGUUCUGGAUAUCUCAGGAGCAUGUAAUAUUUCAUGGGAAGGUAUUGAAAUGCUGUGCUGUGGUCCUUCUUCUUCAGUUCAUCCUUCUCGUUUACAAAUAGUAAAUAUUGGGAGCCCAGGAGAGGGAGAUAUAACCCCAUCAAAUGUAGCAUCACUUUUGAAAAACCUUCCUGACUUGAAAUCUUUAGGUGGUUAUUCAUUCGUUGGCAAAGCUUUGUUAAAUUUUGUAUCUGAAGAUGGAAACCUAGUACGAGAAACUAAAUUACAGUAUCUACAUGAUACAGGAACGAAUGCGUAUACACUGGAUGCUAUAGUAAAAUUGUGUCCGAAGUUGGAAUCUAUAUAUUUGGAUCGACCAGCAGAUGGUGUUGUGGGAAGACUUCAUUUGAUUUCUAAACUGAAACAUGUUAAAUUGAAUAGAUUUGAUUGUGCACAACUAGAUUUCCUGUUUGUGAAUUGUGGGAGAACACUUGACACAUUAGAACUUCUAGUAGGAAAAGGUGUAGUCGAUAUGAGUUCAAUAGCAAGGCACUGCCCACAACUUAAAAAACUCAUCUGCUACAAAAUGGAGUUUUUAACCCAUUAUGAUCAAGUGAUGUUUCCCAGUUUAACAAAAUUAGAAGUUCUUCACUCAGCAAUAACCACAUCAUGUGUUAGAUAUCUGUUGUCAAGUUCACCACAAAUCGAAGACUUGAGCAUUGGGGAGGAUAUUGACUUGACUGAUGGUGAUUUUGCAGACAUCCUUGGAAAGACAACACUCCCACAACUGAGAGAGUUGUGGUUUCGAAGUGCUAGGGAUCUAUCUAGAAUUACAGUUGAAGUACUCAUGGUCAUGUGCCCGAAUCUGAAAAGUAUUGGAAUUCUGAGUGGGUGGGGUUUGAGUCCUGAUGACAUUCAGGAGCUACUUUACGAAAUACAAAUAUCUAAUUUGGAUCUGACUUUGUGGGAAUUCUCUGUGUACUAGCGCAAGAAAGUUUAAUGUCUGUGCAUAUUCUUCUGUAUAAACACAGAAGUUGGUCAAAGUUAUUUUUAUCAAUCAGGGCAGCUAAAAAUAAUGUGUUUAUGAUAAGAUUAAUUUACUAAAUCUAUUGUAUAUGAUGUUCUACAAGAUUGUUGUAUUGCAGGCAGAAUAGUUUCUUUACAAACAAAAUUAAUGCAUAUUAGGAACAAAUUGAUAUUCAAACAGGAUGGGGCACCACCCAGUUUUCACUUGGCCAUGAGAGCAUUUCAUAAUCAGCUACCAAAAGUUGGAUAGGGCAUGGGGGACCAACACCUUGCCCACCUAGAUCUCCAGACUUGUCACCUCUUACCUUCUUUUUCUGGGGUCUUGUCAAUGGCUGUGUCUACAGACCACAAAUGCCACAGUUCUUGCCGUAGCUAUAAGGCCACAUCUCAGAUGUCACUGCUCAAGCCGAUACAGCAAUGCUACAAUGUACGUGGGAAGAAUUUUAAUUACACAUUUUGAACACAUGUAACCAGAAGUUGAAAUAUUUCUCUAUGUGCUAAGGUACUUAACUGCUGUAACUGCAUUGAAUUAAAUAUAGCCAAUUGUAACUGUCUUAUUCAUUUUCAAACAUGGUGCAUAAUACAACAAAAAUGACAUCACAAUAUUAAUAAAUGAAUUAUCACAUGACUAUCUA